CGUCUAGUUAGUGUAUGUUUGUCAGUGACUGCUGUCUGCAUUGUUGCAGCCUCUAGUAAUUUCACCAGCUCACCCGCGGUAAACCAUUUUUUAGUAAAUAGCAAUAGAUGUGUAUCCAACAGUAGAUGUGUACAAAACGCGCGAUUUCAAUGUUUAGUAGAAAGACGACGCGCUAGCCUAUCUAUCGAUGACCCGUCUACCGGAGGCUGCUAGACUGUAACCACAUGAUGAUGAUGAUAAUGACGACAAUAUUCUGUCUGGACCUCGAUAUUGUGCUCGCGUUACAUUGUAAUAACGUUACGUGAACGAUUUAACGUAAUCUUUAUGAUGAGGGGUUAGAAUGAGAAAGAAGCAGAAUGUGAAACAGAGGAAGACAGAGACAAUAACUACAACAGUAAUAACACCACCACCAUUAACAACAACAACACCAUCACCAACAACAACAACAACACCCCCAGUCGUCCAGGAGUUCGUGGUUGAGAAGAUCAUCAGUAGAAGGGUCUCCAAUGGAAGAGUAGAGUACUAUCUGAAGUGGAAAGGAUUCACUGAUGCUGACAACACCUGGGAACCGGAGGACAACUUGGUCUGUCCUGAACUGAUAGAAGAGUUCCUGAGAAACCUCUGUUUGUCUGGAGAGAAUCAGGUUGAGGAAGAGACAGAGCUAGUCCCCAAAGAGGAACUGGCAGAACAAGAGACUGAGAUUCAGGUGUACAGCAAGCAGAGACAAAAUGACCUCCAGGAGCCAGCUGACCAGGAGUCUGUAUCUCCUACUGACCUCACCCUCACCUGCCCCCUGGAACCUGAACGCAUCAUCGGCUCCACAGACAGACACGGAGAGCUCAUGUUCCUCGUCAAAUGGAAGAACUGUGAUGAGGUGGCCCUGCUGUCAGCCAGGGAGGCCAGCGCCAGGUGUCCUCAGGUGGUCGUAGCCUUCUACGAGGAGAAACUCACCUGGCACUCUGGGGAUGAGGACCAGUAAAGGGUGUGUUGUGUGUGUGUGUGUGUGUGUGCAUGCCUGCUGUGAGUGUGUGCAUGUGAGUACACAAGUAUGGAGGUGAACUGACAAGCAUCUGUAGGCAGCUCCUAGGUUAAUUUCUCAUCCACCGAACCAAGGUCCUCCUUGAGCUGACAUUAAAGGCACAGUGUGUGAAACGAUGGCCUGCUGCAGGUAGAUUGAGUCAUCGUGGCAGGUGUAAAAGCCCUCUACAGCGUUGGCUGGGCCUCUUCCUGCUUCCUGUGGUGCUGUGUGAGGUCACAAUGCCUUUGGGGAUGUAGUGCAGAGUGUGGUGGAGUUCAGAACCAUUCAUAGAGACUUAUCUCUCUCUCUAUGGCUAUGAUUGAGUUGAAACGAAUGAAAUGAAGGCAGACACCCAGUUCACACUGAUGAAUGCUCCCCCAGUUUAUUGUGCAACAUUUCGACCCGAAGCUCUUUGUCAAAGCCUGACGAAGUGUGUGGGAAUCGCUCUGGAUUUCAUGACUUGAUUUUUUAAAUCCAGCACUUAAAAGUGACUGGAUGUGCUUACACUACGUUUAAAGAGUGGAAACGAACCCUUAGCAUUUCUUUCCCAGUGUCUUCAUGUACUGUAGCAGACUGAAUCACUGUGGACACUGUGUUCUGUUGACUUUGACUACUGUUACUGUUGUAGCAGAAACCCAUGUGAUUGUAUUGGAGUUAAGUGCUAGAUUAUCUAUGGUUUUACUAAAUAGGACACGUAUCUUGUAUAGUAAUGGGUUCAAUGUGCAUUAGACUCAAUAGAUAACUACUGUCCACCUAAUAUGAUAUCUGCACCAUUUCGUUUUUGCUACAAUCCUUGAUAUUGUACGUUUUUUUGUGUGAGAUUCAAAGUUGAUGAAUGUGUUACAUUUAGUUUACUGACAAAUGUAGAAAAGUGUUGUAUGAUAGUAGAUGGUAUGCUGUUUAAUGUAGAACAUGAUAGUAGAUGGUAUGCUGUUUAAUGUAGAACAUGAUAGUAGAUGGUAUGCUGUUUAAUGUAGAACAUGAUAGUAGAUGGUAUGCUGUUUAAUGUAGAACACGAUAGUAGACGGUAUGCUGUUUAAUGUAGAACAUGAUAGUAGAUGGUAUGGUGCUUAAUGUUGAAAAUGAUAGUAGAUGGUAUGCUGUUUAAUAUAGAAGAUGAUAGUAGAUGGUAUGCUGUUUGAUGUAUAACCAAACCAAUGGUUGUAUUACUGACCAUGGAGAUUUUAUGAGUUACAGUGUGAUCAAAAUGUGACGUCACAUAUGAAAAAGUGUAUCUGAUGUGAAUAUGUUCAUUUGACCCAGUCACCACCUGUUCUCAGCUACUCUUAACCAAAUAUUUAUCCACCAACCUGUAUUUGUUACUGAUAAAUCAUUGUUUUGUUAAGGGGCCCAGAGUUUAUCCUGAUGGGUCAUAUAUGUUCAGGACAAACUCCAGUCCCUACACAAAAUGACUGACACUGUAUGCAUUGUGCACCUCUCCCAUGACUGGAAUGUUAUGGGGCAAUGGUUGCGUCCCAAAUGGAACCCUAUUUCAUUUGUAGUGCACUAUAUAGGGAAUGGGGUGCCAUUUGGGACUCUGACAAUCUGUUUAACCUUUUGUUCUGGCCUGCCUCUGACUAAGUUACUGUACCGGUUGACCUUUUUAUCUGUGAAGUGUCUGUCUGUGAAUAAAGGUAGCUAUCACCCUG